GAGGCGAUCUGACUUUCCUCUUCGCUCUGCAAAAACUGCAGACGAAAGAGCAGCGGGGAGACAUUUGCUCCGGGCGAUUUUUGCAAAAACAGGAGCUCAUUGGAUAGUGGAUCUAUCCUGGCGCUCUUUUCCUUCCUCUCGCCGGUCUUUUCAAGCAUCCGUCCCGCUGGCCACAUCCCUUUACCAGCUUUACCUACGUUCCUUUGCCUGCACCUUGAGUCCAACACUCUCCAGCGCGUUCUGGAGGAAACUGAUGCUGAUGCUGCAGGAGAAGCAAAGUUUUUGUAGGUGAAUUUUGCACUUGUUUGGAGAAAACAAAACUUCCUUGGCGACAAAGACUUCUUGGCUGUGUGAAAUUCACCAUUGGACCUUCUGGCUGUGUUGUGAAUUUCGUUUGAAGUCAAAGAGAAAAUGGAUUUGCAAAGCCCAGCAAGUAAUGAAUUAGGGAAGGGAGCAGAAAAGGGUCCUCCAGACAUCUGGUCUGGAAGUGACAGGGAAUUCUGGGGACAAGCUGUGCAGAAGAUGUUGUGUGAGGACACCACCAGCUCAGACAUCCAGCAAUGGAGAUUUAGGCAGUUCUGCUAUCAGGAGGCUGCUGGACCUCGAGAGGUCUGCAGCCGAAUCCACCACCUUUUCCGUCAGUGGCUAAAGCCAGAAAGGCACACCAAGGCUCAGAUCCUGGACCUGGUGAUCCUGGAACAAUUCCUGGCUGUUCUCCCGCUGGAGAUAGAGAGCUGGGUCAGAGAAUGUGGAGCGGAGACCAGUUCCCAGGCAGUGGCCCUGGCAGAAGGUUUCCUCCUGAGCCAGGCAGAGGGCAGGAAGCAGGAAAAGCAGCAGGAACAGAGGAAGUUAGCCAAAGCAGCCACUGAUCUUCCAAAGGCACAGAAGGCUCCAUCAGACACCAGACAGAGGCCGUUUUUCAGGUGGAUUGUGCCGGAAGGCAAUGGAGGUACCAUUUCCUUAGGCAAUGAAAUGACUCUGGCGACUCCUCCUAGCCCUUCUCCUCUUGUUGGUGGAGUGGAAAGGGUUGCUAUGCAGCCACCUGAUCAGAGUAUGGUGACCCUUGAGGAGGUGGUUGUGUGUUUCUCCGAGGAGGAGUGGGCUCUGCUGGAUCCUGGCCAAAGGGCUCUGCACAGGGAAGUCAUGGAGGAGACUUCUGGGCAUCUGGCCUGGCUGGGUGACCAGAGGGGGAGCAAAAAAGGGGGUGCACCAUUGCAAAGGAAAACUGGAGCAGAAAGUCAGAGGAAGGAGAAGGUCGCUUCUGAAGGGGAAGAUUCUCAUUCAGUUCCAAUCCAAGAAGAAUGUCCCCGGGGAAAGAAACGGAUUAAGAUCCCUCCACAAGGAAACAUCUUAACUAAUGAAUCGCAUCUUAGUUUACAUCAGAUAAUUCAUACAGGAGAGAAACCAUAUCAAUGCUCUGAGUGUGGGAAGAGUUUCAGCCGUUCCUUUAGCCUUACGAUCCAUCAAAGAGUCCAUACAGGAGAGAAACCUUAUACGUGCUCAGAGUGUGGAAAGAGCUUCAGUCACAAUUCAGCCUUUAAUUACCAUCAAAGAGCCCAUAGAGGAGAGAAACCUUUUACCUGCUUAGAGUGUGGAAAGAGCUUCAGUCACAACCAAGCCCUUACUUACCAUCAACGAGUGCACACAGGAGAGAAACCAUAUACAUGCUCAGUCUGUGGAAAGAGCUUCACCCAGAGCUCAAAUCUUAUUUCUCAUCAAAGAAUCCACACCGGAGAGAAACCAUAUACAUGCUCAGUCUGUGGAAAGAGCUUCAGUAGCAAGUAUGGACUUUCUUACCAUGAAAGAAUCCACACCGGAGAGAAACCAUAUACAUGUUCAGAGUGUGGAAAGCAUUUUAGUCACAGCCAAGCCCUUAUGUACCAUCAAAAAGUCCACACGGGAGAGAAACCAUAUACAUGCUCAAUGUGUGGAAAGAGCUUCAGUCACAAGUAUGGGCUUGCUUCCCAUCACAGAAUCCAUACAGGAGAGAAACCAUAUACAUGCUCAGAGUGCGGAAAGAGCUUCAAUCACAUUUCAGCCUUUACUUACCAUCAAAGAAUCCAUACAGGAGAGAAACCAUAUACAUGCUCAAUGUGUGGAAAGAGCUUCAGGCACAAUUCAGCCUUUACUUGCCAUCAGAGAAUCCAUACAGGAGAGAAACCAUAUAUAUGCUCCAAGUGUGGAAAGUGUUUCAAGCAGAAAGGCCACCUUUCUAUCCAUCAAAGAAUCCACACAAGAGAGCAACAAUGUAAGUACUAAGAGUAUAGAAAGAGUUUCUUUCUGGAAUAAAUAUUGUUUUUUAAAAAAUAAAAAAUAAAAAAUAGAAUUCACCUAGGAGAGAAACCAUAUAGUUGUUCAGAAACAGCCUUCUUCUUGAAGCUCCUCCUAUCAGGUACCAACCAUACCCAGAUUUUGAGAAGACCUCUUCUGGGAAAGGAGAGGAGCUGGUCUCUGUACAAGCCUUUUGCACCAACCAAGAUUUUGCAGUGAGUGCUAUUCCUAAGGGACAACUAACAUUUGCACUUCCCAUGGGGAGGGACCAGGUAACUACACAUCCAGGUUCUGAGCUUCAUUUUAAGAACCUCCUUCACGGCCUUUGGGACCGCAGGACCACUAGCAAUAUGGGAUCAGCACUGAGGUCCAGUACCAGAGGAGGCGUGCCUGCCUGGAUGCCCAAGGCCUCCCUUACAUCUGGCCGCCUCUGAACUAGUUCCAGGAAGGGAUGGAACUUCUCUUAAGCUCCUCAGUAUCAGUCUGGCAUUCAAAGGUGCAACACAGUUCUAUGCUGUGAUCUCCUCCAGAGCUGUUGUUCCCUUUUCCAGUUCCUCCUCCCCUUUUUAUUCUUAGCCUUUCACUUAAUCUCCUUCUUCCUGCCUCCCACCUUUGUUUCAGUUUCUCACCUUGAUAUUCAAGCCAGGCUCACACCUUGAGUUGUGUAAUACCUGCUUUACCUCUGAUGUGUCACAGGUAUGGACAAGGGCAACUUAAUAAACAACAAGGAAUCUGGACAGGAGAGGAAAGAUGUGGAAAAGUUGGGCUGUGGAAAGAGGUUCAGCUUCAGGAUGCUCCUUUCUACCCAUUGUAGGACCUCCACAGAGCUGAAUGUAGGACCUGCCUUAUUCCUCAUCAAGCCAUUGGUCCAUUUAGGUCUUUAUUGCCUAGGUUGACUGGCAGGGACCUUCCAUGGUUUUAGACAGAAAUUGUGUACUUCCCAAGCCCUACCUGGAGAUGCUGCUAGGAACUGAAAGAAGAAACUUCUGCAUGCAAAGCAGAUGCUUUGUGAGUGAGCUACGGCCACAUCCCUGGUACAAAAAAAGAUCUGUCAAGCACCUGGCAGCCUUCAAAAUGGGACUUGUAUGUUGCACAUGGCUUCAUGGGGCACACACUGUGCAGGACUGGGCUAAAGUCACUGGCUAUAUUUUGUAAGGAAAGAGAGGGGAACUGGGGAAAGAACUGCUUCUUACUCUCAUCCAUUCAUGGUUUGGGAAAGUCUGGAGGGAUCUGGCUUGUAGUGGCCUGGCUCAGGGGUAGAAAGAUUGAUGCAGGGAACGGAACUGGGCUAUAAUUUGCUUCCUCUCCCUAUUCAUUCAUUGCGAUCAUUGAUCAGACAGACGUACAUACAAACCAAUAAUACUACAUUCAGGUAAGAAUUUGGUCAUACAGAGUACACCAACAAAGAAGCCUUUUGGAGCGGCAUCUAAGAAGUAAGGCCAGAAGUUAGUUGUUGGUGGAUCUUGACAGCAGCUGCCCACAAUCUGGCAACAUGGUGAGUGAUAGUAGGUUUCUUAUCUGCAAGGAGGAGUGCGGCAUAAAAUCCAGCCGUUCUACCGGGGAAGUGUGAUAAUGUGAAUAAUAAGAUUGCAUCAACUAUCAUUAUAAAAAGAGCAAAACAACAGCUCAUGGUGGCAAGCCAAGUUGGACCACCAGCCUGACUUAGGCAAAGGCAGCUUCCUAAGUCUGUAUGUAACUCUGACUGCGUUCCCAGCAAGUGAAUGAUGGAAGAGAAUGAGGGGAAAGGCUCUUAAUGUGAAGUUGUUGGUUAGAGAACAGCAAGGGAGACACUUGGUCUUUGUCGGUCAUAUGAAGCGAACCCAUCAGAAAAUGAAUGCCUCACAUUCACAUUGUGUUUAUGUUUAAGUAUGUAAGCUUUUGAGUUAUGCAAAAUUCUUCCUCAGAUGACACGUAGCCUGUUUCACUUCUAUAUUACACCUUCUUAGACAGCUCUUUUUAUUUACUGAAUCUGUUCUUUAUGGUGUAGUGGCUAGAGUGCUGGACUAGGACCUGGGAGACCCAAGUUCAAAUCCCCAUUCAGCCAUGAGACUUGCUGGGUAACUCUGGGCCAGUCACUUCUCUCUCAGCCUAACCUACUUCACAGGGUUGUUGUGAGGAGAAACUCAAGUAUGUAGUACACCGCUCUGGGCUCCUUGGAGUAAGAGUGGGAUAUAAAAUGUAAAAUAUAUUUUAAAAAUAAAAUAAAAUAUCUGAUCUUUUCUGA